CCACGACUGUAAUACUUGAUUGAAGUCCUUCCAUCCCACAACCAGUCAUGCAGACAUAUGAGGACAACGAACCCAUUGUUCGAAUACGCGAUUACAAGCCAGACCGAGUGGAUUUUGUACUUGAGAAUGUCGACCUCGCAUUCGCAAACUUCUUUUCGACGUGUAGUACAGGCAGACAUACCAACCAUCGCGGUCGACAUGGUUGAGGUAGAAGCAAAUACAACAGUGCUACCCGAUGAAUUCAUAGCACAUCGCAUUGGAAUGGUCCCGUUGGUGAGCGCAAACUGCGAUGAAGGUAUAAGAUACACUCGAGACUGCCUGUGCCUGUCUGGCUGCCAGUACUGCUCAAUAGAGCUAAGGCUGGACGUCUCGUGUAAUGAUAAUCGCACAAUGGACGUCACUAGCAAUCAUCUUCGAGGAGAAACUCCUGGCGACGAGCUCACGAAAAGGGGAGAGGAUUUCGGGCAACCGGUGGGGAAAAAUAAGGCUGACGUACCACCAGUCCUCAUUUGCAAGAUACGGAAGGGUCAAGAGCUUAAAUUACGAUGCGUCGCCAAAAAGGGUAUAGCAAAGGAGCACGCAAAGUGGUCACCGUGUUCAGCAGUUGCGUUUGAAUAUGAUCCCUACAAUAAAUUGCGGCACACGACAUAUUGGCAUGAAACAGAUCCACGGACGGAGUGGCCCGUCGGUGAAAACGCAAAGGAAGAAGAGGCGCCAAGAGACGACGAAGUUUUUGACUUCAAUGCGAAGCCAAGAAAAUUUUAUUUCGAUGUUGAGACGGAUGGAAGUCUUGGGCCUCAGGAAGUGAUCAUGAAGUACGAUCAACAAACUCACACUCUCCCCGCUCCUAUGACCAAACUUGCCAAUCUAAUACUUGGUUUGAAGGAAGGAGUGGAUCUGCCGACUGGCGGGGAUGGAGCAGAGGCUGGGGUGAAUGGUCAUGUCUCUGCUGGUGGUUGGGCGCCGCAACCAGGUGAUGGCGGUUGGGGCCAGAAUGCCGCUUCUGGUGCUGGAUAUGCAAGUCCUGCUGGUGGUGGCGGCUGGAGCACUAGUGGGGGUAGCGGUGGGUGGGGCACUACUAGCCCAGCACAAAAUACUGGGGGAAAUACUGGUGCAUGGGCAACAAGUCCUGCGCAAAAUGCGGGAGGAGCUCCCAAUACUACUUGGGGGACGAGUCCAGCUCAAGCAUGGGGAGCUUCAAGUCCGAAUGCAGGAACUGGGAGCGGUUGGGGGACGUCUACUCAACAGGGUUGGGGUAGCCCUAGUCAACAAGCCAGUGGUUGGAAUCUAUGA